AUGGACGCCUCCUCCCUCCGCAUCUCCAAGUUCGAUGGAACUAACUUCCACGCCUGGAAGUUCAAGAUGCAGAUGGUGCUGGAGGAACGGGACAUAUGGGAGGUCGUCAGCGGUGAGAUCAAGGCGGAACAGUGCGAGACUCAGUUGGACCAAGCGACGUACAAGAGGAAGUCAAGAAAGGCGAUGGCAGUGAUCUGUCUAGCCAUGGAAGAUUCCCAGCUACCGUUGGUCCGGUCGGCAAGUGGUGCAUGCGACGCAUGGUCAAGGUUGGAAGACCACUUCGAGAAGAAGAGUCUUGCCAACAAGCUGUUCUUGCGCCGUCGCUUCUUCACGACAAUGAUGGAAGAAGGCGACGAUGUGCUCGAACACAUCAACAAGCUCAAGACGCUGGCGGAACAGCUAGAAGCGGUGGGGGCUCCAGUCUGCGAGGACGAUCUGGUGAUCACACUCCUCGGCAGCCUGAGUGACUCGUAUCAAUUCUUGAUCACAGCUUUGGAGUCGCGCUCAGACACUCUUAGCUGGGAGCUCGUGACGUCUCGACUGCUUCAUGAAGAAAUGAAGCGGAAGGAGCAAGGAAGUAAAGGUGAUGAAGCUUCGCAAGGUCAAGCGUUCAUCACAAGGGACAAUCAGCGCAAAGGGCGACCAGUGAAGAAGUCCUGGCCGUGCCACAAUUGCGGAAAGAUUGGUCACUGGAUGGCGGAGUGCCCCUCGCGCAUCCAAGAAAACACGGAGAGACACCGGCCACAGCGUGCUCAAGACAGCGGCGACCGCUAUCGAUCACAACGUGCAAACGUCGCUCAAGAAGAAGACUCGGGCGACUACCUCUUUUCGAUCGGUGAAACGACAUCUGCGAAAUCGAGCGACAUCUGGCUGGUCGACUCCGGGGCGACGCAGCACAUGACGUGCUCCAAGAAGUUCAUGCGGAACUACAAGGGGUUUGACGCUGUGGAUGUCCAUCUCGCGGAUGAUGGAAUCGUCCAAGCAAUCGGCAGUGGGGACAUUGUCAUGUCGAUGAAGACACCCCCAAGGGAUGAAGAAAGGUGUGCUCACAAACGUGUGGCACAUCCCAAAGUUAUCCAGAAACCUGUUCUCGGUCGGCCGCUUCACCAAGGAUGUCGGCCCAGUGACGUUCACGAAGGAUGGGUGCUAUGGAGAAGCGAAAGGGACCAAGUGGAAAAUUGGUGCCCGUGA